AUGACAACACCUGAUACUCCUCAGAGAGUAACGAGAUCAAUGUCACAUCAACCACCACCUACUGCUGCUGCAGGUAGCACAGGUACAGCUACCACACCUGGACCACCUAUCCAAGAUAGAUCAUCAUCACUACUCACAAAGAUGGAAGAUACCAAUCCAUAUAAAGUAGAUUUCGUCAUCCCCUUCUCGAUCGCAAUAGACAAGAAUCAGGAUAGACUUCAAGCUCAAAAUGAGAUUCAAGAAGGAUACCAAUACUUACUCAGAGCUUUGGAAGGUGAAGGCGGAUUGAAAAUAGGUACUAAACCUGGAAAAAAAUCUCUGAAAGGUAAAGAAGAAGUCUGGAUAUUCGUUUCUGCUACAGAUGAAAAGAUUGAAGAACUCGUUGAGAAAGAAAAACUACUUGAUCAAUCUCAUAAUCUACCACCGCAUUCCCAUCCGUCACCACCAUCACCUUCGACACGUAUCAGGUUGAUAUACAACCUUUUGACUUCGCCCGGAAUUCAGGAUGGUUUAGGUAUAACCCCCAACCAAGGUAAAUGGGGACGAGUCAAAUCUAUAAUGGCUCUACACGAUGAUAUAGCAGAUAAAGAAUGGGUUGAAAAAUGGACUACAGGUGGUGAUUGGAGAAUCGGUCUAUUAAAGAGUUUAGAUGGUAUUGAAGGUGAUGGAUUAAGUCAUCAUCAACCUCCUCCAGUCCAUCUUUACUUCAAUUUCCUUACAACCUAUACUCUCUCGUUACUUCCUUUAUCCCUGGUAUCAGUAUCAUUUUACUUAUUGACACCGUCAGAUUCGUAUCCACCUUUAUACGCUUUCUUACUGUCCAUCUACGCAACGACUUUUGUCGCCUUUUGGAGAAUCAAAGAACGUAAACUUGCUGUCAGAUGGGGAACAAGAGGUUGUGAAUCUGUUGCAGUCGGGAAAUUAAGACCUGAAUACGUAGCCAAUAUGGGAUUAGACACCGAUAACGCUGCUCAACAACAAAAUGGUGAUAACGCCGUUGAUGUCGUUCAAGCUGGAAACGAUUUGAAAAGAGAUAUAAAAAUAGCUCUUUCAGUUCCUGUAAUCAUUGCUUGUGGUAUCGGUUUGGGUAUCGUCCUCCUAGGUAUCUUCAUGUUGGAAGCGUUCGUUGGUCAAGCUUAUGAAGGGUUUGGAAAAGAAGUCGUUCCCCUUCUUCCUACUGCUUUAUUCGCUAUUGUCGUUCCUCAAAUAGUGACUGCAUAUGGAAACUUGGCCAAAUCAAUGGUAAAAUGGGAAGAUCAUCCUACACCCGUUGGAGCUGAAAAGAGCUUGACAGCGAAGACCUUCGCAAUGAACGGUAUCGUAGCUUACCUCGGUUUAUUCCUUUCUGCAUACGUAUACGUACCCUUCGGAAGCUUCAUCAUGGCUCAUGUACAACAUCGACUCACAAAACAGAGCACAAUUUCAGUCGCAGACACACCCGAGAAAGCCGGUCUCGGCCCAAGGACAAGCGGUAAAGAACAGAAAAGUAUCAAAGCUGGACGACUCAAGGGACAACUCUUCGCUUAUACCGUAACUAAUCAAGUAAUCAAUGCCUUCCUCGAGCUCGGACUUCCCUAUAUUAUGCGAUUCGUCGAUGAUUGGCGAGCAGGUAGAACCACCAUCAAAGAAACCAUCCAUUCUAGAGGUCAAGACACCUCUGAAAAGGUUCCUCGAAACGAUGAAGAGGUAGAGAAAAAAUUCCUUGAUAAGGUAGAAAGGGAACUUGCUUUACCUGAGUACUCUUUGUUUACUGACUACGCGGAAAUGGUGACUCAAUUUGGAUAUGUAACCAUCUGGUCGAUAGUUUGGCCACUAGCACCCCUUUUCGCCCUAAUCAAUAACUAUAUCGAACUGAGGACUGAUGCAUUGAAACUUUGUAAACAUGUCAGAAGACCUGUCGGCGAUAGAGUUGAAACCAUUGGAUCUUGGUUAGAGACUUUGGGUAUCAUCUCAUGGAUAGGCGCAAUCACCAGCUCCACACUCGUCUAUCUGUUCCGACCCUAUUUGCCAGAUCAAACUCCUAACCCCAAUGUCCCUCCUACACCUGGAUCACCUUCACUCGCGUUUAUCGUUGAGCAUUAUCACUCGUCUCCAACCCUUCAAACCCUUCUUCCAACUUUGAUCCCCCUCGGACUAGUCGCCCUAGCAGCGAGUCAUGGUUAUAUCAUCUUAAGAUGGGUAAUCCACGGUCUUGCAGAAAGGUUACUUUGGCGAGGAAGUGUAGAAGAGAUUGAAGUUCAGAAGCUGGCCGCAUCAGUCAAUAAACAGAAACAACUGAAGAAGGUAGAGAAGAAUCAGAAGAGAAUUUGGGAGAGAGAUGACUGGAAAGAAGAGAAUGGAUUUUGGAACGGUGGGGAACAAGGUGGAAGAGAGAUUGGUAGAGCAUUAAAGGCUGAGUGA